CGCCUCCUCGAUGCCAUUGAUAAAUACGCGUCAGGUCGCAGCCCACGCCUUUCUCUUCCCCGCUCUUCCUCCAUCCCCGCUUCCCCUGCUGCCCGCCCCUGCUCUGCAGCUGCUCACUGUGCGAUAUGCCCCUGCGAGCCCAUGGCAUCCUGCUGAGAGCCUGAAAUCCAUUCCCCAUUGCCGCUUGCAGCUACCGCCGCCACCGCCUCGACUGUCUGUGGCUCCCAGAUCCACGCCGCCGCUUCGAAGUAAAGCUGCUGACAGGCCGGUGGCGCCGCGCUGUUGUUGCUGAAGGAAGCGGCAAUGGCGGACGCCGUGGAGGCGCUUCCUCCUCCUCCGGAGAGCGGCGCCGAGUCCGGGAGGUCGUCGCCGUCCCCGACCGCGUCGCCCGAGUUCGAGUUCUGGAUGGUGGGCAGGAACCCGUCCGCGUUCCCGGCCCCGGCCCUGCUCACCGCCGACGAGCUCUUCUCCGGCGGCGUCGUGCUCCCGCUCCACAACCUCCAGGCGGCGGCCCCAGACGGCGACGGCGCCACUGCUGCCGCUGAAGGCUGCGACGCCGAGGGCGCCGGGGCCGACUCCAAGGACGCGGACUCCGCGGCGCUUCCGCUGCCAGAAGCGGAAGCGGAAGGCGAGGCCGCCGCGCAGCCGCUCGCGGAGUCCGGCAUCGCGCCAACGCCGGACCUCCCCGCGGUCACGUUCAAGUGGAAGGACAUCUUCAAGGCGGGCGGCGGCGAGGCCAAGGACCGCAAGAAGGUGGAGCGCCGCGUCAGCAGCGUCAGCGGGAACGCCGAGCUGAUCAACAUCAACAUCUGGCCCUUCUCCAGGAGCCGCUCCGCCGGCCACUCCGCGGGCGGCGCGGCGACGGGCUCCUUGAGCAGGGCCAAGCCAGCAAAUCCGAAUCCCAACGCCAGCGCCGGCUCCAGCGGGAGCGCCAACGCCAAUGCCAGUGCGAAUGCCAGCGCCGCGAGCGCGCCGCCGGCCCCGGCGCCAGCCCCGCGCAAGGUGAGCAGCGCCCCGUGCUCCCGUAGCAACUCUCGCGGAGAGUCCUCCGGACCUGCGCCAGCCAUUCCCGCCGCCGCUUCGGAUGCAGCAGCAGCUGCUGCAGCUCCUGCCGCCGCAGCCGCAGCACAUGCACCAGAAGAAGAUGCUACAGCCGCCGAGGCGGCGCCGUUGCCCACCCCUGCAACCGCCGCCACCACCAGCAGCAGCAGCAGCAGCGCCUCGUCCAUGUUGCGGAGGCUGGUGCCCGGACAGGGCCGUAACAACAAUAACACCGCCUCCGGCGGCACCGGCAUCCGCGUCGGCCGCCCCAGCGCAGUGUGGCAGCUGCGGCGCAACAAGCUGCAGCAGACCGCCGCCGAGCAUGAGCAUGCCAGCGCCAAGAAGAAGGCCACGCCCGCCCCAACCGCCGCCGCCGAAGCAGCCGACGACAAGGCGUCGCCGAGCGUGGCCGCGCCCGCGGCCGGGUGCCGGAACAGCGCGGGUUGCUCGGAGGGCGCCGCCGAGGAAGGGAACCCGCCGCAGGGGCUCUUCGGACUCCGGACCUUCUUCUCCAAGAAGGUGUACGAUACCGGCACCGGCGGAGCAGACCGGAACACGGGCGUUCAGCGUUGUACAUACAAAUUCGAGCUCUAGGCUCCUUCUUCCACAUCUUUAUUACCUUGCGUCCCCCUCUUCCUUUUUUUUUCCUUUUUCUCCUUCCUCUGCUCUAAUUCGACUACUACAAGUAGCUUCCUCAGCUCGUUCUCGUUACUGUACUGCAACCUCUGUUUAGCUCCUAGUCUCAAGCAGCAAAGGCGCAAAGCUAUGCAUCUGAUCGACCGUGAAUCAAGCAUCCAUGUACGAGUAAACGGUAACACUCAUCAUCAUCCA